CGUAAUUAGCUUUCAUAGACACUCAUUCAAAGAAAAAAAAUUACGCUUCGCCAAACAAAUUGUAAAUUUGAUUGAAUCAUUGAAGAAGAAAAAUUUUACUCAGUGAUAAAAUUAUUAUGAACCAAAUUAGUAAUAUUAGUGGUAAUAAUAACAAGAACAAAAAUGUGAGACAGCUUCGAAAAAAAUCCAAGGACAAUGAUGUUCUCCAAGGUUAUCUUCUAAUACAUUCGAACAUUCAACAAGAACAAUCAUCGCCAUUGGUCAAUCUUCGAAAAAAACGUUGGUUCGUCUUCAAUAAAGAAAAUGGUAAACUCUAUUAUUAUCGUACGAGAGAAGAUCUUUUUCCAUUGGGUGAGAUCGAUAUAAAUCAAUCCUCAUUUAUAUUGGCCAAUCCAACUACUGGUGUUGAUACAUUUCGAUUCGAAAUACGAUCAGGUCUGAAACAAUUUAUGCUCGAAGCGAAUACUCCCACCGAAGGUUUCCAUUGGGUCCGAAUGUUACAACAUUAUCGUCAAAGUUACUUUCAACAAUUAGCUGAACCAUUAACUGAUCGAUCGGAUAAAUCAUAUUUUUCAGUUACCGUGAAAAGUGCUAUAACGGACGAAUCAGAUGGAAGCAAUUUCAACCAGAGCUGUGAUAUAAAUGCUGUUGAUUUAAAUAGUCAAAACAAAGUUUUAAAUGAACAAAUAGUUAAGCCGAAACAAAAAUUUCCGAAUCUUUCAAUUCAAAAACGUACCCAAUCGUUACCACCCGCUGAACGUGAACAACAACUAUCAGUGCCAAUAUCAAACAAUAACCAAAAUAAUGACUAUCGUCGACCAUCUCGUCUAUUUGGCGGAAUGUUCAGCUCUAAACCAAAUAAGCAGCUUGUUAACAAUAUUCAUGAUGAUUCUUCCAAAGAUACCGAAACAGAUUGUCCACAAUGUAAGCGAUCAAAUGGUAGCCUAAUAGCAUUACGGCAUGAUAAAAUGGCUCUAGAAGAUGAAGUAAAGACUAAUCGUGAAGUAAUCAAAAUCUUACAAGAACAGUUGCGCAUUUUUAAUCAAAAUGAAAAACCGUCAAAUUGUUCAAAUACGGAUGAUCCACGAUGUGAUGAUAUAAUUGCAUUGAAAAUCAAAUUAAACACAAUGGCUAAAGAAAAUGAAAAAUUGCGACAAGAAAAUAGCACAUUAUCGACCACAAAACAAGUGUUGGAAGAAAUGCUUGAAUCUCGUGAUCGUUCACUAGUUUCAUUAACACAUGAAGUUUAUGAUUUGGAAUGUAAAAAUUCUCGAAUGCAAACUCAUGCCGAAUUGGAACGAGAAUUCAUUCAGGAUGAAGUUCCAAGAAAACUUAAACAAAAAAUUGAACAGCUUGAGGAUACAGCCAUUGCAUUCGAACAGCAAAAUUAUUUCCUCAACAAAGAAAUCAUCGAAUUAAAUGAAAUUCGUAGAAUUCUUGAAAUCAAACACAAACAAUCCGAGGCUAAAUUGUGUGAAGUCGAAGCUAAAUCAUCGCAGAUACAAUCAAAAUUAUUGUCACUUUUGAAAGAAAUCAAUCAUUGUAUACAAGAUGAAGAACGUUGUCAAAAAGAAGAAUUUCAUGGUAUCGAAUCAUCAUCAUCAAAUUCAUUUGUCAAUAAUGAAUCUGUUAAACAAUUAGUUUCGAGAUUGCUUGAGGAAAGUUCGUUAGACAUUCCAUUAAGUUGGAAACCAGGAAAUCGAUCAAGGGCUGGAUGGUCAAAUCAAUCAACUUCAAAUUCGAUUUGUGGUACUGAUUAUGAUGAAUUGGGAUUCUAUCAUCAUGAUAAUGAAAGACCACGAUGUUAUGAUUUUGUUCUCGAUCCUGAUAAAAGUGAGAUAACAUGGCGUUCAAAAUGGGACCAUUUUAUGAGCAAUUUGACUAAUCAUGGUGAAAUUCCGAUUGGUAAUUUCGAGCUGAAACAAAUGAUUAGGCUCGGUGUGCCUCAGGAUUAUCGUUGUAAGAUUUGGCGUUCACUGAUACAUCAACGUGUCAAAGAUCUCAAAACUAAAUUAGGUGAUGAUUAUUAUGAAUCAUUACUGCGCAAUCGUUCGAAACUUGGUUCGCAAAAUAAAGUUCUUGAUCCAUCGGCCAAACAAAUUGAAUUGGACUUAUUACGCACAUUGCCAAAUAAUCGUCAUUUUGAAAACCUAGAAUCCGAUGGUAUUGAAAGACUUCGUCGUGUGCUAUUGGCAUACAGCCUUCAUAAUCCAUCUGUAGGCUAUUGCCAAGGAUUGAAUCGGCUUGCAGCCGUUGCAUUGCUCUUUAUGCCCGAAGAGGAUUCUUUCUGGUGUCUAGUUGCAAUCGUGGAGACGAUUAUGCCUAAAGACUAUUAUGGCCGGAAUUUGCUUGGCGCCCAUGUUGAUCAAUAUGUAUUACGAGAUUUGAUAACGGAUAAAUUGCCUCAAUUAUCACAACACAUGGAUCAUCAUCAUAUUGAAAUAUCAUUGUUCGCUUGGUUUUUGACCAUUUUUGUCGACAAUGUACCGGUGUUCGUUUAUUUACAUAUUUGGGAUGUAUUUCUGCAUGAAGGCAGUAAAGUUUUGUUUCGAUUUGCUUUGGCCAUACUACGUUUGCAUGAAUCUGAAUUACUACAGAUGACUGAUUCGGCAUCAAUGAAUCAAUUUCUUCGUACGUUAGAUGAAAGACAAUUCAAUCUACAGCGGCUAUCUGAUAUAGCGUUCCGAGAACUUAAUCCGUUUCCAUCUCGAUUAGUACGAUCGAAAAGAACUCAUUAUACAUCGUUGGUUACCGAUGAAUUGAGAAAAAUCGAUGAUUUUCGUCAUACAUUAAACAAUGAUCAAUCAAAAAAUGAACAAUCACAAUCUGAAAAAUUAAAACCAAAAGAAAAUUUACAACAAUCAUCAUUCGAUGAUAACGAAUCUGAUUGAAAUCAAUGCAAACAAAUUAACAUAUCUUUUUUUAUUAUCAA